AUGUCUUUUGAAGUUUGUUUCUUUCUCUUGAUAUGUUAUCCAUUUGCUUCACGAGGCGUGGAAGCCAUUGUAAAAUUUGCCAUUGUGUCCAACUUCGACACUCGAUUAAGACCCCUCCUACGAGCACUGAGAUGUGAUGACUGGUUUGAUGUUGUGGUUGUUUCAGCCAAAGUUGAAGCGGAGAAACCAAACUCGAUCAUCUUCUUGAAAGCUUGUGAAUUUUUAGGAGUGAAUCUCGAGGAUGCGGUUCGUGUAGGAGAUGAUCAUGGGGAGCUAGAGAUGCAGGUUGUGACGCUUGGCUCUGAAGAAGUGAAGUUAACUUUAAUAUGGUGCAAGCGGCAUCAUGUUCUUAAGUUUUUUAAUAUCGUUUAG